CAUCAACUCAGCUCGGAGAAGUUGUCAUCAUGAGGGCUGCAAUUCUCUUUUGCCUGGUGGCCAGUUCUAUGGCCGUGCCAAGCCGCUCGUUGGGCUCGAGGCCCGGAACUUGCCCACCUCAACCCAGUGAUCAGGUCAUGAUUGAAGCAACACGCUGCUCUUACGUGUAUGGAUUAACCUGGGACUGGAACUGCAACAGCCAAGGACAGGAAAACUACAAGUGCUGCCAAUAUGAGAACGACAUCAGGAUCUGUGUUCCUCCAAUCCCAGCUGAUGUUGAUGUGGAGGUCGGUGUGGAGCAACCUAGACAGAGCGUGGACGAGGUCCGCCAGGCCAUCCAGAAGACCCAGGACUUCAUCCGUAAGGUGGGUCUGUACCCCGCCCCCGAUCAGCGCCGCCGCACCACCCCCUCCCCCGACACAGUCAGAUGGUGCGUCUCGAGCCGCUGCCAGAUGACCAAGUGCCAGAGGAUGGUCAGCGAGUUCACCUACAGCCCUAACAUGGUCCCCAGGAAGCAAUGGAAGUGCACCCAGGCUACCUCCCAGGAGCAGUGUAUGUUCUGGAUUGAGCAAGGAUGGGCUGACAUCAUGACCACACGUGAGGGACAGGUCUACUCUGCCAACACCACCUUCAACCUGAAACCUAUCGCUUAUGAAACCACCAUCAAUGAUCAACAACCAGAGAUCCAGAUCCUGAAGCAUUACCAGAAUGUGACCUUUGCCCUCAAGUCAUCCCGCCUCGUGAACCCCAACACCUUCGCCGAGCUCCGCGACAAGACCACGUGCCACGCCGGUAUCGACAUGCCAGCCAGCUUUGCCGACCCUGUCUGCAAUCUCAUCAAAGAGGGCGUUAUUCCCGUCACCGGAAACUACAUCGAGAGCUUCUCCGACUUUGUCCAGGAGAGCUGUGUACCAGGUGUCCUGAACAAGACCUACAACAAGAACGGCACCUACCCUCUUAGCCUCGUCACUCUGUGUGAGGAUCAGCAGUACAAGUACUCCGGCAUCAAGGGAGCCCUCAGUUGCCUCGAGUCGGGCAAGGGACAGGUCACCUUCGUCGACCAAAAGGUCAUCAAGAAGAUCAUGAGUGAUCCAAAUGUGAGGGACAACUUCCAGGUUGUUUGCCGUGACGAGAGCAGGCCUCUCGACGAGGAAAUCUUCACCGACGUCACAUGCCACGUCGGCCACACCGCUCGCCCCACCAUCUUCAUCAACAAGAACAACACCCAGCAGAAGGAGACUGAUAUGAAGACCCUCGUCGUAAAGAUGAUGGAGCUUUAUGGCAACACUGACCGAGAUGUCAACUUCAACAUCUUUGACUCGUCCGUCUACGACUGUGGCAAGUGCCAGAUGACCGGCAAGCCGCUCAACAAGAACCUGAUCUUCCUGGAAGAGUCCAACACCAUGAAGAUCGUCGACGACAGCAAGGUCUACGCUGGCGAAGUCUAUGCUGCCUACAACGUCUGCUCCAAACUGGUGCCCAAGCCCCGUGCCAAGAUCUGCAUUACCAACGUUACCGAGUACGAAGCCUGCCGCCGCUUCAAGGGCAUUGCUGAGAACAUCCCAGAGGUCAAGAAGGUUGCCUGGGGCUGUGUCCUUGCCAACUCCAGCAUUGAAUGUAUGCAAGCCGUCCACAACAACACCGCUGACCUCUUCAAGGCCAACCCAAUGGAGACCUUCAUCGCUGGCAAGGAGUUCCUGCUCGACCCUCUUAUGUCCGUCCACCGCAAUGACAGCGUAACCAUGAACCACACCUACACCAGGACCCUGGCAGUCAUCAAGAGGUCUUCCCUCGCCAAGUUCCCAGGCCUUCUCAGCGUUCCUGAAGGACAACCCAAGUACAUCAAGGACCUCUGGAAGCUCAAGAUCUGCUCUGCUGGUCUCAAGAAUUUCUCAGCCUUCCACAGCCCCAUUGGUUAUCUCCUCGCCAACGGCACCAUCCCACGUAUCGGAUCCGUCUUUGAGUCUGUCAACAGGUACUUCCAGGCCACUUGCGUCCCAGAAAUCGAGCCCGAGACCUGGCGCUUGGACUCUGAUCUUCUCCUCGGCCGCGAGAUGAACUGGGGAUUCUCCUCCCUCAACAUGUACAACUUCACCGGGCAGGAGUGGCUCCUGUGGAACACACCCGCCACCUGGAACUUCCUCACCUACAACAGGAAGGUCUCUACCGGUCUUGACAUCAAGAAGCUGAUUGAGCUGAAGAAGCAGAACCUGACCUCGCACAUCUUCAACCAAAACCUCUCCUCCCCCAGGAACGUUGAACUCCUCGAUGACCUCGUAGGGGUCGAGGGUAUCUCUGACCUGGUCAAGGGUGUCCAGGACACCAUCGGACCCGAGGGCAAGCAGAAGAUGAACAUGUUGCGUGACCGUCUGAGCAACUCCUUCCCCAACUUCGAAGCCGUCCGCACACUGUCCGAUAAGGUCGAUAUCGUCAACAAGAUGAAAGAUGCUCGUCAGCAGAGGUUGCAGAACAAGGAUCAUCCAUUUGGAAACGUCAUCCAGGAAACAUUCCAGGGUCAUCUGAUGGUGGAUGUGUUCAGCAAGCUUCUGGAGCUCCGUAGCGACAAGAUCAGCACCCUUGAGGAGAUCAUCUCUCACGUCAAGACCAUUCCAUACCUCACAGACUUCAAGGAUGUAGAGAUCACCACUGUCCUCAAACACCCUGCCAUCAUGAGCUACGUCGAGAUCUACUUCCCCCGUCUCUCCCAGACCUUCGUCGAGCCCUUCGAUAACGUGGAGCUCCGUGAGCGCGAAUUCAACCGCUACACCAACCCUCUCUGGCUUUCUCCCAAGGUCCACACCUACCUUGACCUUGUCAAGAAUCACCAGACUGAGAUCACCAAGACCUGCAACUCCAACCUCCCACUCAACUUCAAGGGCUAUGAGGGCGCCCUUCGAUGCCUCAAGAGCGGCGUUGCCGACCUGGCUUCUUCGACGAGCAGACCCUCCGCGACACGGACCUCCUCGACAGGGUGGGUUCACCUAUAACGACCUCCGUCUUCUCUGCCCCAACGGCAGGUGGUCGAGAUCGACGUCAACAUGGACAUCGCUAAGGUCUGCAACUUUGGCGAGGUGAUGAACCCCGUCCUGGUGACCGCCUACAACACCUCAGGAAGCUGGCGCUGGAACAUCACCAAGGCCUUGAUGAUUGCCCACCAGUCUGUCGCCCUCCCAGCCCUCUUUGGAGAAGGCACCGUCAUGGGCAAGGACUAUGACAUGCUCCUUCCCAUCGCCCCUCUGAACCAAUCCUACCAACCCUUCCUCGGACCCAAGCCACUCCGCUCCAUGGAGGCCAUCGUCAAGGCUUCAUCAUAUGACUGGUUCAAGGAUCAGACUGGCAUCUGCUACGGCGAGACCUACACCAACAUCGUCAAGCAGCGCAACGAAACCUGCCAGGCCAUCGUAAAGGACGUGACCUGCGUCGGUACACCCAGGAUGAAGAAGAUCAGUGUCGGUCGCUUCGGAGCCAAGCAGUUCAAGAUGAUCAAGAUGUGCAGCCGCCCAAGCAAGUUUGUGCGCAAGAUGGCCGACUUCCAGUGCGACAAUGGCUUCGGCUACCUCAAACCAGUCAUCACUGCUGUUGCCUGCGAGUGCAUGCCAUGUGAGGAGAUGAUCGAAUACAACACCUCUUUCACCGAGGACAACAUGUGGUCCGAUGUCUCCAACAAAUACGUGCUCACAGGAGAGCAGGACAUCUACAGACAAAUCCCUAUCUGGGGAAACAACUCCUACUUCUACGACCAUACCCUGAACAAGAACUUUGAGCUUGGAAACCAUUCUAUUAUCGUUGAGCAUGUCCAGACUGUUGUUGUUGAGAGGCCGAGCCCCGGAAUUCUGUCUCAGGUCAACUCCGAAGUAGACCCCGAGGUCCAGGUCCAGAUGGACUCUGCCAGCAUCACCAAGACCUGUGAGACAGUCUGGAACGGCCAGAGCUGGCUCCCUGAGAGGUUCCAGGGCUACAAGACCAGUGGCUCCUGCGUCGUCCCAGAGACCGGAGCCAACGCCAAGUCUCGCGUGGACCGCUUCCGCCAGAUCAUGCAACGCAAGCAACAAUUGGUCGAUCACCACCAUUAAACCGCCCCAAGAUUUAGAAUUAAACGGAACCACUACAUGACUUGCUAUAUAUGGAACUUUCUGGAUCUUAAAAUCCUUUGAUUUAUAAAUCAGAAAGCUUUAGAACUUUCUUAUGAACAUUUAUCAUUACGGUAGGCUGAC